GUAGGGGCAUUAUGUUUUCUGAUCUGUGCGUCCGUUCGUUCGUUCGUCCGUCUGUCCCGCUUCAGGUUAAAGUUUUUGGUGAAGGUAGUUUUUGAUGAAGUUGGAGUCCAAUCAACUUGAAACUUAAUACACAUGUUUCCUAUGAUAUGAUCUUUCUAAUUUUAAUGCCAAAUUAGAGUUUUGACCCCAAUUUCACGGUCCACUGAACAUAGAAAAUGAUAGUGCGAGUGGGGCAUUCGUGUACUAUGGACACAUUCUUGUUCAUACUGUAUUUAAUUUUUAACAGGUAUAACUUCAAUGACUGUUCCAGUGUAUAUAGCGGAAUGUGCACCAGCUCAUAUGAGAGGAAGAUUGGUUGCACUGAAUAAUGCAUCUAUUACUUGUGGACAAUUCAUAGCAAGUGUAAUUGAUGGUGCUUUUAGCUAUGAUAAAAGAAAUGGAUGGAGAUACAUGCUUGGUAUUGCCGGAAUUCCUUCUGCAAUACAGUUUGUCGGUUUUCUGUUUUUACCCGAGAGUCCGCGUUGGCUUCUGAGUAAGAGGAAAGAUGAUCAAGCGAGAGAAAUUUUGCGACGCAUCAGAGAUACAGAUGACGUUGAAGACGAAAUUCUGGAUGUGAAAGCAAGAUUUAAAGAACACGAAGCAUCUGAUUAUCAAGGUGGAUUACUGAAAAGGAUUUUUACGACGCCAUCAGUAAGACGUGCUCUGUUUCUAGGAUGUGGUAUUCAAUUAUUCCAACAACUCAGCGGCAUCAACACCGUCAUGUAUUAUAGUGCAAGUAUUAUAAAAAUGAGUGGAGUUAGAGAUAAUUCUACUGCUAUAUGGAUGUCAGCAGCAACAUCUUUUGUUAACUUCGUCUUCUCCUUACUUGGAGUUUGGCUAGUAGAGAGAAUAGGAAGACGAUUGCUUGCUUUGCUCAGCUUAGUGGGCAUAUUAAUAAGCCUAAUAGUUUUAGCUGUAGGAUUCCAGUUGUCGGCUUACAGCUCGCCUUCAAUUGAACUGCAUGAACAAAUCGCAGAAAACAACAGCUGUAAUUAUUUCAGCUCAUGUCAAUCCUGUAUUCAGACAUCUGAUUGUGGAUUUUGUUAUGUAGAGUCAGGCAAUUCAGCGGUCAAUGGAUCAUGUCUUCCUUAUAGAGAACCUACAUACUCUUCACUAGGUCGAUGUAACUCUUCUAGUUUACCCAAUGAUUUGGUUUGGGCUGACAAUUUUUGUCCAUCAUCUUACUCUUGGAUGGGAUUGAUGGGGUUGGUAUUGUACCUAAUGGCAUUUGCUCCAGGUUUAGGACCGGUUCCUUGGACAAUAAAUUCGGAGAUUUAUCCUCUCUGGGCAAGAAGUGCAUGUAGUGCCAUGGCGACAUCAACAAAUUGGAUUUUUAAUUUACUAGUUUCUUUGACAUUUCUGACGUUAAUUGAAAAUAUCACCGCAUAUGGUACAUACUGGUUGUUUGUUGGUAUUGUCACUAUAGCAUUGAUAUUUAUUUUCAUCGCUCUGCCAGAAACAAAAGGCCUAAAGUUGGAGGAGGUUCAACAACUAUUUGACCAAGGAUCUUGCAUGUGUGGAAAGUCAAUGAAUGAUAAUAAUCGCUCAGAUGAAGAAAUUGUUGUAUCGACUGUUGACAAGACCUAUUCAUCAACAAAGCUAUAAUAUUUUAUAUCACAAAGUAUCAUAUAUGCUACUAAUUUUGCAAACAGAUUAUAUACUAGUAUUA